AUGCUUCCAGCUCCCCUAGUCAGUGUCUACCAGCAGUACAAGCAGGACACUGAUUCCGUGGCUUCAUGGCUCGCCUCCACAGCCAAGGCCUGCGGCUACCCAGCCGAUCUACUGAAGCCGGCUGGGCAAGCGAAAAAAAAGGCCAAACACAAACACAAGAAUAUUUCGUCUAAGUACAUUGUGGCGCUCAAGGACUUUGUCCCGCUCGCCCAAUUCAUCGCCGGCUCCAAGAAGCCAGUGGUGGACGUCCCGGAAUCUUUCGUCACCACCAUCAACCGGGUCAUCAACGUCCGCUCCUCCUUCAGCAAUCGCCUAGCCGAGCAGGGCAAACAGACAGCAUUCGAAGUCGAAAAGUCUCACUCUUUCUUCGUCGGGAUUCUAGAACAAGUUCGGGAAUCUCUGAGGCCUCGCAUGCCAACCGCUACUGCGGCAUGGUCGGAGUCAAGCUCCUCGUCUUCUGCCGAUGCGCUCGCGAACGCAUUUGAAGCACUGAAGGUGUACGAGCCUUCAGAUGACUUCCUGAAGGCACCAGACAUCAAGAGACCUGAGCCCGAGAAGGCCACGGAUAAGGUGGUCUAUGAAGCCGAGGGAGCCGCAUACUCCGAUUUCAAAGACGCCAUAUUCGCCUACUCUAUCAUGCUGGAAGACCUCCGCAAGAUCCGCCUUCAGAUCUUGUUUAUCUGGCAGAAUUACCGCGACGGAGCCUUUGAUGUUGCAACUGCCGCCAUUGCAACAAACACCGCCGUCGAGCUUGCGCACAACAUCGCAGAGGAGGUCAUACCUCUGUUCCGAUCUCAUGGCGGUGUAUGGGAGGUCGCUAUGGCUUACUACCACGCAGCCGCCCUCGCCAGCGGCUUCAGCAAGGAGAGCAUGAACAUUUCAGAUGGAGGAAGGGACAACAGAACGGCCUUCAACGUCAAGACGUACGACGUCGCGAACAACACGUACAUCAACGUCUACCGCUUCCUGGAAGGCUUCCAGGCGGUGUUAAGACCCAAUGUGCUGCCGCUUUUCAAGCAAGGCGUCUUUGGAACGUACGAUCCCACCAGCAACCUGAAGACGAAGUCUCCCGAGGAGAAGUUUCAAGAGGAUCAGGUCAUCAUGAUGGAGGUUUUCGGGGAACUCAUGACAAUCAUUCGAACUGUGCCAAAUUGGCCAGUAGAAGACGAGUUCCUCCGAGGUAUGCGAGAAAUGGAUGAGACGAAGAAGAUUCCAUUUUACCUUGUCUUCGCCGCCCAAACAUACCUUGACAUCCAUCACAUUCUAAGGGACGACGUGGAGAGAGGAUUUUUCCAAAUGAGCGACGAAACCAGCAUCAUGCGCAACAAUCUGAAAAGCCAUCUUGAAUUCCAUCAAAGUCUCAAGAUCGAUGGCUGGACAGCCAAGCACGACCGGGCUCUGAAAGACACAGAGUCCGUCAUUGGAUGGCUCGGUACUGAUCCAAUCCAUCAGGUCAAAAACGAUUAUGCGCGGAGUCAUGGCAUACCUCUCUUACCUGACACCAAGAAGUGCUACCUUCUCAGGCAGUCGCCCGUCAUGUCUGGUCUGAUUCUGCACCACUUCCGGCUUGAUCUUUACGACAUUGGGAUUGCCGUAGCCAAUGCUUGGGGAUCCAUCACAUACAUGGAACACCUCUACAAUGCCGUGGAAAAAGAAGGUCUUCUCGAAGGACCAUGGGAAGAUAUGGAUUUUAUGCGGAUCCUCGUGGGCCAGGAUGGUUUCUACGUCGGCGGAGCCCCGUCCGCGCCAGAGGACUAUUACAAGAAGUUCUGCCUUCAAAUGGGCGUAUCUGCUGCAACUCUUGCGAACCGCAGCAAGAGACGAGCUAAGAUAAACCUCGAGUCUCGCGCCGGACCUCGCGCCAUCAAGAGAGGAGCUCCCGUAUCCAUCAUGUUCCAAAAUCGAUUUACCCGACGCGGAUCUGGCAUGGUGUGGACCACUGAGCUCGUCGACAACGUGCUGUCGCGUAGCGAAUGGGAGGAAGAACACGAUGGCGAUCAAAUCGUCAGCAUGGCUCGAGUCAUAGACCCGAAGAGGCUGACUGAAAUCCGAAAGGGCAAGAACAAGAAGUUGGCAGAGGACGGAGGACGUUUGCCACCGGAAAAGCUGAUCAGAUCUCUUCUCUUCGCGCUGCAGAGUGAGAUUAUGGAGGUUGCUUUUCCGUACCUACUGAUGCAUCGGUGGUGUUGGAUGGUGCUUCGGAGUCUUAAGGAGCAAUGUGACCCCUUAUUGAGGGAGCUCUUCACACCGGCGUACAUCGAGCGUGAGAAUCAACUGCCGUUUGUCGUCGGCUGGGUUCUCGCAGCGAUGAAUAGUUCCGGUGAAGUACUGCAGGAUCGUCGGUUGUUGGAGUCGGCUGCGGUCGUCUUGAAUACUUUCUUAUCUGCUGGAGCUGCAGGAAGCAUAUGCAGCUCGGUCCUGGAGAAGAUCGGGAUCCAUGUACAAGUCGAGGACGAUGAUGACUCUGAGUAA